UCUGCACCAUUGAACACAGGGGCCUCAAUCAUUCUUAAAUGGAAGAAGUUUGGAACCACCAAGACUCUUCCUAGAUCUGGCCGUCCGGCCAAACUGAGCAAUCGGGGGAGAAGGGCCUUGGUCAGGGAGGUGACCAAGAACCCGAUGGUCACUCUGACAGAGCUCCAGACUUCCUCUGGAGAUGGGAGAACCUUCUAGAAGGACAACCAUCUCUGCAGCACUCCACCAAUCAGGCCUUUAUGGUAGAGUGGCCAGAUGGAAGCCACUCCUCAGUAAAAGGCACAUGACAGCCCGCUUGGAGUUUGCCAAAAGGCACCUAAAGACUCUCAGACCAUGAGAAACCAGAUUCUCUGGUCUGAUGAAGCCAAGAUUGAACUAUUUGGCCUGAAUGCCAAGCGUCACUUCUGGAGGAAACCUGGCACCAUCCCUACAGUGAAGCAUGGUGGGGGCAGCAUCAUGCUGUGGGGAUGUUUUUCAGUGGCAGGAACUGGGAGACUAGUCAGGAUUGAGAGAAGAUGAACAGAGCAAAGUACAGAGAGAUCCUUGAUGAAAACCUGCUCCAGAGCGCUCAGGACCUCAGACUGGGACGAAGGUUCACCUUCCAACAGGACAACAACCCUAAGCACACAGCCAAGACUACGCAGGAGUGGCUUCGGGACAAGUCUCUGAAUGUCCUUGAGUGGCCCAGCCAGAGCCUGGACUUGAACCCGAUCAAACAUCUCUGGUGAGACCUGAAAAUAGCUGCGCAAAUAGCUGUGCAGCGAUGCUCCCCAUCCAAGAUGACAGAGCUUGAGAGGAUCUGCAGAGAAGAAUGGGAGAAUCUCCCCAAAUACAGGUGUGCCAAGCUUGUAGCGUCAUACCCAAGAAGACUCAAGGCUGUACUCGCUGCCAAAGGUGCUUCAACAAAGUACUGAGGAAAGGGUCUGAAUUCUUAUGUAAAUGUAUUAUUUCAGUUUUUUAUUUUAAAUACAGUUGCUAUGGCGGGGGUAAUCACUACCCGUUAGUGCCAGUGUGAGCGUUGGAUACGCUAGCUAGCUAGCUACUUCCCUCACUGUAACUUUAACAGAACUGUGGGAAAGCAGUGCUCGGCAUUUGGGGGCGAAGGACACUGUACCGGUGUCCCCUAGCUAGCAGCCUCCUCCUUUGGUGGGGUUUUUCAACGGUUGGCAUCCAACGUUGGUGCAUCACCGCCACCUACUGUGCUGGAGUGUGUGUGCCAGAGAUGGAUCUAGCAGCCUCAAUGACAGCUGCUGUGACAUGUAGAAAGUGGCGCGUAGUGGGCGCAGCAUGUAUUCACCGCAGCCUGCAGAUAGACAUGAUUGGCCACGGCGACUGGUACUUCCAUGGCGACGGGUAGGAAAGGAGUAUCCCUUCCAAUACAUCCCAGCAUUCAUUUCCCAAUCCACCCAUUCCAGCCUCGUUUCUCCAUUUCCACUCCUCCCAUUUUGAACCCUUUCAGUACCAAAGAGUUAAUAUUACAUUCCAGUUGUCCUGUUUUUAGUGUUACAUUCCAGUUGUCCUGUUUUAGUGUUACAUUCCAGUUGUCCUGUUUUUAGUGUUACAUUCCAGUUGUCCUGUUUUUAGUGUUACAUUCCAGUUGUCCUGUUUUUAGUGUUACAUUCCAGUUGUCCUGUUUUAGUGUCACAUUCCAGUUGUCCUGUUUUAGUGUUACAUUCCAGUUGUCCUGUUUUAGUGUCACAUUCCAGUUGUCCUGUUUUUAGUGUCACAUUCCAGUUGUCCUGUUUUUAGUGGCACAUUCCAGUUGUCCUGUUUUUAGUGGCACAUUCCAGUUGUCCUGUUUUAGUGGCACAUUCCAGUUGUCCUGUUUUUAGUGUCACUUUCCAGUUGUCCUGUUUUUAGUGUCACUUUCCAGUUGUCCUGUUUUUAGUGUCACUUUCCAGUUGUCCUGUUUUAGUGUCACUUUCCAGUUGUCCUGUUUUAGUGUUACAUUCCAGUUGUCCUGUUUUUAGUGUCACAUUCCAGUUGUCCUGUUUUUAGUGUCACAUUCCAGUUGUCCUGUUUUUAGUGUCACAUUCCAGUUGUCCUGUUUUUAGUGUCACUUUCCAGUUGUCCUGUUUUUAGUGUCACUUUCCAGUUGUCCUGUUUUUAGUGUCACAUUCCAGUUGUCCUGUUUUUAGUGUCACAUUCCAGUUGUCCUGUUUUUUAGUGUCACAUUCCAGUUGUCCUGUUUUUAGUGUCACAUUCCAGUUGUCCUGUUUUUAGUGUCACUUUCCAGUUGUCCUGUUUUUAGUGUCACUUUCCAGUUGUCCUGUUUUUAGUGUCACUUUCCAGUUGUCCUGUUUUUAGUGUCACAUUCCAGUUGUCCUGUUUUUAGUGUCACAUUCCAGUUGUCCUGUUUUUAGUGUCACAUUCCAGUUGUCCUGUUUUUAGUGUCGCAUUCCAGUUGUCCUGUUUUUAGUGUUGCAUUUUCCUGUUUACACUCCCUCUUUCCUGUUUAGUUUUAAUAUUGCAUGGACUCCCUUCGGUUUCCCGUUCAGUGUCUCAUUGUGCCGUCUCUUUCUCAAACUAAUGUUUUAUAGGUCGUGUUCCCCGGCUCAGGUGUGGCAUGCAUCAACCAAUGGUUGCAUGCCACGUCAUUGACUGUGCCGUUGGGCACCAGACUGCUAUAACAUAUGUGGUUAGCUGAUACAUUAAAAUACCUAUCCAGGCGUCGCAACGCCUGCGCAGAGGAACGUGCCCAUAAUCUCUCUCUCCCUCUGCCCCCCUCUAGAUGAUGAGACGGAUGGUCCCACUCUGUCUGACGCUAAGUGGAGUCAGAUCCUGGCCCCUCCGGCCCACUUCCUAUCUCUGAACCCUGCCCUGGCUUUGACCCCUGACCCAAGGGACGGGGACAGUCCCCUCCCCUUCAAGACCCUCCCGGCCCCCGACCCGUCCUCUAGCGAAUCCCAGGGGCCUGACACCAAACGCCACCCAGCUGCCAAGCCUCCGUCCUGGGGAGAGGAGAGGCCGGACCGCCCUGCGGACGUCCACAGCCCGCCGCUCCCCCAACCCAACAUCGGUAAGCUGGUGGGGGGUGAGGAGGGCUUGUCUCCCCCUGUGCCGGCUUCCUCUAGCCCCCCUCCUUACCACCUCCUAGCCCUGGAGAACGGCUGCUCCUCUACCAGCCCCUCUAGUCCAGCCAGCCCUGCCCUCAACGGGCUCAGUGAAGAACCCUGCGAGGGUAACCAUACAAGGGUGACCCCUGUUAACCCUUCAAACCACCACCAGCCCCCCGCCCCCUCUGACCCACGUCCCGAUGCCCCUGUGGAGGGUAGGGGCGGGGAGAGGAGUGGUGGAAGCUCCCACAUUAGUCAAACACACUUUACCCAUGAGGAGAAGCUGGGAGGCGACAGACGGGUAGCAGUAGAGGAGUCAAACCCCCGGCUGGAGCCAGAGAGCACUUGGGCUGGGUCACCCAUACAGGAGAGUGGCAGAGAGGAGGCUGAAAUGUCUGGGGGACAGUCACAGGACACUGGGGAGAGAGGACAGAGGACGGGAGGCUGGAGAGGAGGAGAACAGGGGGAAGCCUCUGGGGAGAGAGGACAGAGGACGGGAGGCUGGAGAGGGGGAGAACAGGGGGAAGCCUCUGGGGAGAGAGGACAGAAUGAAGGGAGGAUGGAGGGACUGAGAGGGAGGAAAAAGGAGUGUAGGAAGUCUUCUCAGAAGGAGAAGAAAGGAGAGAUGGCGAAGAGGGGAGGUCAGGAUGGAGAGAUGUCUCUCACCAACGGCCUGGCUACUACAGGAGGGGGAGAGGAGAGGGGGAGCAGAGCGGAGGGGGAGGGCUGGUCUCUCACCCCUCCCCCCUCCAAGGAGGACUCCGUAACAGAGGAGAAGGAGAUGGAGGAGAGCAAGCAAGAGAAGGAAGGAGGAGGAGGUGGUAGCUCUUUCCCCUCCAAACUCAACAACAGUCGUUUGCAGCCGGUGAGCUUGCCGUUCGGCGGGGCACGUCCUAAACAGCCGGUCAGUCUCAAACUCCAGAUCCCCCGGCCCCUAUACGAACAGGUCCAGAACCAGCUAGAACCUUCUGCCAACACCGCCGGCAGCAUUACCAGUGGCGGCAAGAACAAGAACCUUGAAAACCGUGGCAGCGCCGAAGUCACGGAUACGGCAACUGUAGUUGCCUUGGGCGACCCUGGUGGUGGUGGUGGUGGUGGUGUUGUGAAGGGGGAGUUGCUAAGCGGGGAGUGUCAGACAUCGUCGUUGGGCCUGGUGGUGGCGUCAGAGAGCAGCCCGGAUAACGACUUCCAGGCAGGGCAGCACCACCAGGGGGCUCUGCCCAGGAAACAGCUCUCCUCCCUGGGGGAUGUGGCCCCUGUGUGGGUCCCUGACUCCCAGGCACCAGUCUGUAUGAAGUGUGAGGCCCGCUUCACCUUCACCAAGAGGAGGCAUCACUGCAGGGCCUGUGGAAAGGUGGGUGUAGUCUAUACAGCAGGGCUCUUCAGAGAUAUCAUUCUGGAGGUUUUCACUCACUCAGAUCUUGAUUUUUGUUGUUCUAAUAAAACAAAGUAGUAACAUCAGUAGCCAUUCUAGUAGCAGUGUCAACAAUUUAAAACAUCUUCGAACCAAAACUAUCCUUUUCAUAAAUGUAGAUUUGAUUCAAAUGUAUGAUACUUGGCUAGAUUAGGAAAUGCAGUAAAGAUACUGACACGGUGUUGGGUUGUGUUGGGCUAACGGACUGCACUGGGACACGCCUACACUGCUGUGGACUAACCAAACACCUGCUUCAUUUCCCAAGGUGGCACACACACUGUAGUGGCUAUGGCCAGAUGUAAUGGGGUGGUGGGUGUGUCUAUGGCCAGAUGGAAUGGAGUGGUGGGUGUGGCUAUGGCCAGAUGGAAUGGUGGGUGUGUCUAUGGCCAGAUGUAGUGGUGGGUGUGUCUAUGGCCAGAUGUAGUGGUGGGUGUGGCUAUGGCCAGAUGUAGUGGUGGGUGUGGCUAUGGCCAGAUGUAAUGUAGUGGUGGGUGUGUCUAUGGCCAGAUGUAAUGGGGUGGUGGGUGUGUCUAUGGCCAGAUGUAAUGUAGUGGUGGGUGUGGCUAUGGCCAGAUGGAAUGGUGGGUGUGUCUAUGGCCAGAUGUAGUGGUGGGUGUGUCUAUGGCCAGAUGUAGUGGUGGGUGUGGCUAUGGCCAGAUGUAGUGGUGGGUGUGGCUAUGGCCAGAUGUAAUGUAGUGGUGGGUGUGUCUAUGGCCAGAUGUAAUGGAAUGGUGGGUGUGUCUAUUGCCAGAUGUAAUGUAGUGGUGGGUGUGUCUAUGGCCAGAUGUAAUGUAGUGGUGGGUGUGUCUAUGGCCAGAUGUAAUGGAGUGGUGGGUGUGUCUAUGGCCAGAUGUAAUGUAGUGGUGGGUGUGUCUAUGGCCAGAUGUAAUAUAAUGGUGGGUGUGUCUAUGGCCAGAUGUAAUGUAGUGGUGGGUGUGUCUAUGGCCAGAUGUAAUGUAGUGGUGGGUGUGUCUAUGGCCAGAUGUAGUGGUGGGUGUGUCUAUGGCCAGAUGUAAUGUAGUGGUGGGUGUGUCUAUGGCCAGAGGUAAUGUAGUGGUGGGUGUGUCUAUGGCCAGAUGUAAUGUAGUGGUGGGUGUGGCUAUGGCCAGAGGUAAUGUAGUGGUGGGUGUGUCUAUGGCCAGAGGUAAUGUAGUGGUGGGUGUGUCUAUGGCCAGAUGUAAUGUAGUGGUGGGUGUGUCUAUGGCUAGAGGUAAUGUAGUGGUGGGUGUGUCUAUGGCCAGAGGUAAUGUAGUGGUGGGUGUUUAUCUCCAGGUGUUCUGUAGUGGUGGGUGUGUCUAUGGCCAGAGGUAAUGUAGUGGUGGGUGUGUCUAUGGCCAGAGGUAAUGUAGUGGUGGGUGUGUCUAUGGCCAGAGGUAAUGUAGUGGUGGGUGUGUCUAUGGCCAGAUGUAAUGUAGUGGUGGGUGUGUCUAUGGCCAGAGGUAAUGUAGUGGUGGGUGUGUCUAUGGCCAGAGGUAAUGUAGUGGUGGGUGUGUCUAUGGCCAGAGGUAAUGUAGUGGUGGGUGUGUCUAUGGCUAGAGGUAAUGUAGUGGUGGGUGUGUCUAUGGCCAGAUGUAAUGGAGUGGUGGGUGUGUCUAUGGCCAGAGGUAAUGUAGUGGUGGGUGUGUCUAUGGCCAGAGGUAAUGUAGUGGUGGGGUGUGUCUAUGGCCAGAGGUAAUGUAGUGGUGGGUGUGUCUAUGACCAGAGGUAAUGUAGUGGUGGGUGUGUCUAUGGCCAGAGGUAAUGUAGUGGUGGGUGUGUCUAUGGCCAGAGGUAAUGUAGUGGUGGGGUGUGUCUAUGGCCAGAGGUAAUGUAGUGGUGGGUGUGUCUAUGACCAGAGGUAAUGUAGUGGUGGGUGUGUCUAUGGCCAGAGGUAAUGUAGUGGUGGGUGUGUCUAUGGCCAGAGGUAAUGUAGUGGUGGGUGUGUCUAUGGCCAGAGGUAAUGUAGUGGUGGGUGUGUCUAUGGCCAGAGGUAAUGUAGUGGUGGGUGUGUGUCUCCAGAGGUAAUGUAGUGGUGGGUGUGUGUCUCCAGAGGUAAUGUAGUGGUGGGUGUGUGUCUCCAGAGGUAAUGUAGUGGUGGGUGUGUCUAUGGCCAGAGGUAAUGUAGUGGUGGGUGUGUCUAUGGCCAGAGGUAAUGUAGUGGUGGGUGUGUGUCUCCAGAGGUAAUGUAGUGGUGGGUGUGUGUCUCCAGAGGUAAUGUAGUGGUGGGUGUGUGUCCCCAGGUGUUCUGUGCUGCCUGCUGCAGCCUGAGGAGCAGACUGAUCUACAUGGACAGGAAGGAGGCCAGAGUCUGCAUCACCUGUCACUCUGCCCUACUGAGUGGUGAGUCACUAUUACCACACUGAUCUAGGAUCAGCUUACUCCAUCCCGUUCAUAACUUUAACCAUUAGAUACUGACUUAACCACAGAUCUAGGAUCGGCUUACUCCAUCCCGUUCAUAACUUUAACCAUUAGAUACUGACUUAACCACAGAUCUAGGAUCGGCUUACUCCAUCCCAUUCAUAACUUUAACCAUUAGAUACUGACUUAACCACAGAUCUAGGAUCGGCUUACUCCAUCCCGUUCAUAACUUUAACCAUUAGAUACUGACUUAACCACAGAUCUAGGAUCGGCUUACUCCAUCCCAUUCAUAACUUUAACCAUUAGAUACUGACUUAACCACAGAUCUAGGAUCGGCUUACUCCAUCCCAUUCAUAACUUUAACCAUUAGAUACUGACUUAACCACAGAUCUAGGAUCGGCUUACUCCAUCCCAUUCAUAACUUUAACCAUUAGAUACUGACUUAACCACAGAUCUAGGAUCGGCUUACUCCAUCCCGUUCAUAACUUUAACCAUUAGAUACUGACUUAACCACAGAUCUAGGAUCGGCUUACUCCAUCCCGUUCAUAACUUUAACCAUUAGAUACUGACUUAACCACAGAUCUAGGAUCGGCUUACUCCAUCCCGUUCAUAACUUUAACCAUUAGAUACUGACUUAACCACAGAUCUAGGAUCGGCUUACUCCAUCCCGUUCAUAACUUUAACCAUUAGAUACUGACUUAACCGCAGAUCUAGGAUCGGCUUACUCCAUCCCGUUCAUAACUUUAACCACAGAUCUAGGAUCGGCUUACUCCAUCCCAUUCAUAACUUUAACGAUUAGAUACUGACUUAACCACAGAUCUAGGAUCGGCUUACUCCAUCCCAUUCAUAACUUUAACCAUUAGAUACUGACUUAACCACAGAUCUAGGAUCGGCUUACUCCAUCCCAUUCAUAACUUUAACCAUUAGAUACUGACUUAACCACAGAUCUAGGAUCGGCUUACUCCAUCCCGUUCAUAACUUUAACCAUUAGAUACUGACUUAACCACAGAUCUAGGAUCGGCUUACUCCAUCCCAUUCAUAACUUUAACCAUUAGAUACUGACUUAACCACAGAUCUAGGAUCGGCUUACUCCAUCCCGUUCAUAACUUUAACCAUUAGAUACUGACUUAACCACAGAUCUAGGAUCGGCUUACUCCAUCCCGUUCAUAACUUUAACCAUUAGAUACUGACUUAACCACAGAUCUAGGAUCGGCUUACUCCAUCCCGUUCAUAACUUUAACCAUUAGAUACUGACUUAACCACAGAUCUAGGAUCGGCUUACUCCAUCCCGUUCAUAACUUUAACCAUUAGAUACUGACUUAACCACAGAUCUAGGAUCGGCUUACUCCAUCCCGUUCAUAACUUUAACCAUUAGAUACUGACUUAACCACAGAUCUAGGAUCGGCUUACUCCAUCCCGUUCAUAACUUUAACCAUUAGAUACUGACUUAACCACAGAUCUAGGAUCGGCUUACUCCAUCCCGUUCAUAACUUUAACCAUUAGAUACUGACUUAACCACAGAUCUAGGAUCGGCUUACUCCAUCCCGUUCAUAACUUUAACCAUUAGAUACUGACUUAACCACAGAUCUAGGAUCGGCUUACUCCAUCCCGUUCAUAACUUUAACCAUUAGAUACUGACUUAACCACAGAUCUAGGAUCGGCUUACUCCAUCCCGUUCAUAACUUUAACCAUUAGAUACUGACUUAACCGCAGAUCUAGGAUCAGCUUACUCCAGUUCCCUCUAAGCUACGCACCCCCCCAGGACUGCCUCGUAGAAGAAAGACCAGCCCGCGCAGAGACGCACGAGAUUUAACUUCACUCAACUUUUACUAGUUGGCCUUGUUAGUUAUAUCUCGUUUUUGGUCAGCAAUGGGGGAGUGGUUGCUUCCUGCAAGAGCACAAAACGUGGACAUUUCUAGCUUUCUUUGUAAAGAGCUUUUUUUUUCUUGUCUUAAAGGGGCAGUGUUGUAUUUAGAGACAGGCUUGACUAAGCUAAGAAGCCAGAAGGCGGAGGCUAGCAAAACAUUUUUUUUGUAAAGUGGUUGCUUGCGUCAAACAACACAAUACAACAACGUGUUCAGUCACCUACUUGUCUGAACAGGUUCAUGUCAAGCCCUGCAUGUGUUCAUAGAAUCUCAUGGAAUGUAGACCUACGUUGAACACAACACAUUGGCUGCUACUGUAGGCUUAAUGACAGAACAGCUAUUUCCGUGUUAAAAUGUUAUGGGAUGCAUUUACUCCAUUGUUUUUAAUGGUAGGCCACUCUAGUAGGCUUACAUGUAUGAUCAAAUAGCCACAGUAGCCUACUUGGCCACUGUAACUUAAAGCGGGUCCAGCCUCCGUGUUCACAGGAAACAGCCUCAGUGUUCACAGUAAACAGCCUCAGUGUUCACAGGAAACAGCCUCAGUGUUCACAGGAAACAGCCUCAGUGUUCACAGGAAACAGCCUCAGUGUUCACAGGAAACAGCCUCAGUGUUCACAGGAAACAGCCUCAGUGUUCACAGGAAACAGCCUCAGUGUUCACAGGAAACAGCCUCAGUGUUCACAGGAAACAGCCUCCGUGUUCACAGUAAACAGCCUCCGUGUUCACAGUAAACAGCCUCCGUGUUCACAGUAAACAGCCUCCGUGUUCACAGGAAACAGCCUCCGUGUUCACAGUAAACAGCCUCCGUGUUCACAGUAAACAGCCUCCGUGUUCACAGUAAACAGCCUCCGUGUUCACAGGAAACAGCCUCAGUGUUCACAGGAAACAGCCUCAGUGUUCACAGUAAACAGCCUCCGUGUUCACAGGAAACAGCCUCAGUGUUCACAGGAAACAGCCUCAGUGUUCACAGUAAACAGCCUCAGUGUUCACAGUAAACAGCCUCCGUGUUCACAGUAAACAGCCUCCGUGUUCACAGUAAACAGCCUCAGUGUUCACAGUAAACAGCCUCAGUGUUCACAGGAAACAGCCUCAGUGUUCACAGGAAACAGCCUCAGUGUUCACAGGAAACAGCCUCAGUGUUCACAGGAAACAGCCUCAGUGUUCACAGGAAACAGCCUCAGUGUUCACAGGAAACAGCCUCAGUGUUCACAGUAAACGUGCGACAGAAUUUUCCCAACCUUCACGUUUGCGCUCAGGGAACAUUGAUCAUAACCUCAACCAUUAGUCACUGCUACAGACAAGCUCACUCCAUCCAAAUCUGCUACACAGAUCUCGGAUCAGUUUACUCCAUCCCAUUUCUAACUUUAACCAUUAGGAUGUAAACACAAUACUCAUCCUAGAUCAGCAUCUAGAAUCGACCUCAUUUGCCUUUGGUUGGGGUUUGGUCUUGUUACGUUUCCAGGUAAAACUUCUGGCCCUAGUUCUAGGGCAUAGCAUUCCUCUGCUGACGGCAUACCCAGAUCCUAAUCUUGUAGGUCUAUAAUUAUGGUAUUUAAUUUGAUCCUAUAUCGGUCUUCGCACUAUAUUGAUCUUUAUCAAGUAUCUUUUAUCGUUCCUAAUUUGAACCUAGAUCAACCUGAUCCUAUAUCUCCCUAGAUCAACCUGAUCCUAGAUCAACCUGAUCCUAUAUCUCCCUAGAUCAACCUGAUCCUAGAUCAACCUGAUCCUAUAUCUCCUAGAUCAACCUGAUCCUAUAUCUCCUAGAGCAACCUGAUCCUAUAUAUCUCCCUAGAUCAACCUGAUCCUAGAUCAACCUGAUCCUAUAUCUCCCUAGAUCAACCUGAUCCUAUAUAUCUCCCUAGAUCAACCUGAUCCUAUAUAUCUCCUAGAUCAACCUGAUCCUAUAUAUCUCCCUAGAUCAACCUGAUCCUAUAUAUCUCCCUAGAUCAACUUGAUCCUAUAUAUCUCCCUAGAUCAACCUGAUCCUAUAUAUCUCCCUAGAUCAACCUGAUCCUAUAUCAACCUGAUCCUAUAUAUCUCCUAGAUCAACCUGAUCCUAUAUAUCUCCCUAAAUCAACCUGAUCCUAUAUAUCUCCCUAGAUCAACCUGAUCCUAUAUAUCUCCCUAGAUCAACCUGAUCCUAUAUAUCUCCCUAGAUCAACCUGAUCCUAUAUAUCUCCCUAGAUCAACCUGAUCCUAUAUAUCUCCCUAGAUCAACCUGAUCCUAUAUAUCUCCCUAGAUCAACCUGAUCCUAUAUAUCUCCCUAGAUCAACCUGAUCCUAUAUAUCUCCUAGAUCAACCGGAUCCUAUAUCAACCUGAUCCUAUAUAUCUUCUAGAUCAACCUGAUCCUAUAUAUCUUCUAGAUCAACCUGAUCCUAUAUAUCUCCUAGAUCAACCUGAUCCUAUAUAUCUCCCUAGAUCAACCUGAUCCUAUAUAUCUCCCUAGAUCAACCUGAUCCUAUAUAUUUCCCUAGAUCAACCUGAUCCUAUAUAUUUCCCUAGAUCAACCUGAUCCUAUAUUUCCCUAGAUCAACCUGAUCCUAUAUCUCCCUAGAUCAACCUGAUCCUAUAUAUCUCCCUAGAUCAACCUGAUCCUAUAUAUCUCCCUAGAUCAACCUGAUCCUAUAUAUCUCCCUAGAUCAACCUGAUCCUAUAUCUCCCUAGAUCAACCUGAUCCUAUAUCUCCCUAGAUCAACCUGAUCCUAUAUAUCUCCCUAGAUCAACCUGAUCCUAUAUAUCUCCCUAGAUCAACCUGAUCCUAUAUAUCUCCCUAGAUCAACCUGAUCCUAUAUAUCUCCCUAGAUCAACCUGAUCCUAUAUAUCUCCCUAGAUCAACCUGAUCCUAUAUAUCUCCCUAGAUCAACCUGAUCCUAUAUAUCUCCCUAGAUCAACCUGAUCCUAUAUAUCUCCUUAGAUCAACCUGAUCCUAGAUCAACCUGAUCCUAUAUAUCUCCCUAGAUCAACCUGAUCCUAUAUAUCUCCCUAGAUCAACCUGAUCCUAUAUAUCUCCCUAGAUCAACCUGAUCCUAUAUAUCUCCCUAGAUCAACCUGAUCCUAUAUAUCUCCUAGAUCAACCUGAUCCUAUAUAUCUCCCUAGAUCAACCUGAUCCUAUAUAUCUCCCUAGAUCAACCUGAUCCUAUAUAUCUCCCUAGAUCAACCUGAUCCUAUAUAUCUCCUUAGAUCAACCUGAUCCUAGAUCAACCUGAUCCUAUAUAUCUAUGUACACACUACAUGACCAAAACUGUGUACAAGAGUCAAGAGUGUGCAAAGCUGUCAUCAAGGCGAAGGGUGGCUACUUUGAAGAAUCUAAAGUCAAAAAUAUAUUUUGAUUUGUUUAACUAAUUUUUUUAGUUACUACAUGAUUCCAUAUGUGUUAUUUCAUAGUUUUGAUGUCUUCACUAUUAUUCUACAAUGUAGAAAAUAGUAAAAAUAAAGAAAAACCCUUAAAUGAGUAGGUGUGUCCAAACUUUUGACCGGUAGUGUGUGUGUGUAUCAAAUCCUGUUUAUCUCCCUCUGUCAAGCCUAUAUCGAUGUUGUUCCUCCGUCUCUCUCUGCCCUCAGCUCAUUCGUGGGAGGGUACGUGUGGCGGGUCUAACCAGAGUCCUAACCCCAACAACCCAGCAGAGUACUGCAGUACCAUCCCACCUCUGCAGCAGGUCCAAGCCUCAGGGGCGCUGGCCUCCCUUCCCACUGUCAUGGUCCCUGUGGGGGUCCCUAAAACACCCGGCUCAGAGGGUAACCAUCUCCCAUACACACACCUGUUAUAACUUUUCCUCUCACCCUCUCUUCGGGUUAGUUUUUCCUCUCACCCUCUCUUCGGGUUAGUUUUUACUUUUCCUCUCACCCUCUCUUCGGGUUAGUUUUUCCUCUCACCCUCUCUUCGGGUUAGUUUUUCCUCUCACCCUCUCUUCGGGUUAGUUUUUCCUCUCACCCUCUCUUCGGGUUAGUUUUUCCUCUCACCCUCUCUUCGGGUUAGUUUUUCCUCUCACCCUCUCUUCGGGUUAGUUUUUCCUCUCACCCUCUCUUCGGGUUAGUUUUUUCCUCUCACCCUCUCUUCGGGUUAGUUUUUCCUCUCACCCUCUCUUCGGGUUAGUUUUUCCUCUCACCCUCUCUUCGGGUUAGUUUUUCCUCUCACCCUCUCUUCGGGUUAUUUUUUCCUCUCACCCUCUCUUCGGGUUAGUUUUUCCUCUCACCCUCUCUUCGGGUUAGUUUUUACUUUUCCUCUCACCCUCUCUUCGGGUUAAUUUUUACUUUUCCUCUCACCCUCUCUUCGGGUUAGUUUUUACUCUGGUUUCGUCCCCUUUGUUUCUGUGGUAAAUAUUUACCAACAGUAUCCUGUGGUGUCUGUGCGUCACAGGGUCCCUCGCGCGUGAGCAGAGGAGGGUGUGGUUUGCAGACGGGAUCCUACCCAAUGGGGAAGCGGCGGAAUCCCCCAAGCCCCACUCGCAAUGUUCCAACAAAUUCUCUGCUGCUGAUUCGUCAGAGGUACGGUUGGCACCACAGGUCUAAAAGUCUUAUUGUUGAAGAGGAACUUUAGAAAAAGUCUAGCAUUUACAGUUUAGAAUUGAUUUUCUGAGGUUGGUUUAUAGUCCUGAUGUCAGGAGCUGGGUUGGCCAAUGGCUGACUACGAUUGGGAGGAAACCCACAGCAGGGCAAGUUGUCACUGGAUUGACCUUAGCCAAGAGAUAUAUGUGUUUAACCCUAUGCUAAGAUAGUCUGGCUGACACCAGCUCUCAAAGUCUUCCUGACUUGAGAGUUUGGAACGGCUGCUUUGAUGAUAAUGAAAGGCUGUGCCCUCAGACUUCAAGGCGGCAACCCUACGCUGGUUGGAUAUCCCUGUUUAGAAUAUAACUUAUCAUGUUGUUUUACAUAGGACCGCCCCAGCCCUUCCGUUUACAGCCAGCCCUUCCAAGAUAAGCAAACACACACUGUAUCUCGCUAGCUAGCACAAACCUUCGGAGUUUGGACAUUGUUUGCUGCUAGCAUCAUGAACAGGGCGUGUAAAUCAAAACGUUACAGCAACUCUUCUACGCUAAAACGAGUUUUACUUAGGCUAGCUAGCCUAGCUAACUUUAGUUUGGCUUGUUUACCUCUCUAGGAGGGCUCUUCUACACUAAAACGAGUGACAUAUUAGACAACUGCAAUCUGUUCAACGUUACCAUCUUGUGGCUAGCAAGUAGCAACUAACAUUACCGAGCAUGGCUAACGCUAGCUAGCAUUGUUCAGCCCAUAGAAAGCCAGCCACUUAGUCGUGUCCACCCGCUAAAGGCGAUCAAGCUAUCAGAAUUGGCAAGACCGCCAAUACAUCCUCCACUCACACAAAGGCUCAAAAAUGUUUCAAGUUGCUCCUAUUUUAAUUCAAUCCCUAAGUUGGUCAUUACUAUGUGGCUGUCUCUCCAUCUCCUUUUCAGAAAGCUCCAUCUGUUUUUUUCCCCCCACAGUUUUACUUAGGCUAGCUGGCUAGCUAACUUUAGUUUGGCUUGUUUACCUCUCUAGGAGGGCUUGGCAAAUUGAUGUGCAUAUGAGAACCAAUCCAAAAGUCGCUCAAAAUUUGAGCUAACCUCCCCUUUUACAAGCCCAAGUUACCAGUUACUAGACCAGUGAGUCACGGCUCGCUGUGUAGUCACGUGGGUCGCGCGUCAGCCAGACAAGUGCUAAAAGUUUCUCGAAUGAAAAGCAUUUCGAAUGUACACUGAACAAAAAUAUAAACGUAACAUGUAAAGUGUUGGUCCCAUGUUUCAUGAGCUGAAAUAAAAGAUCCCAGACAAUUUCCAUACACACAAAAAGCUUAUUUCUCUCAAAUUUUGUUCACAUUUCUCCUUUGCCAAGAUAAUCCAUCCACCUGACAGGUGCGGCAUAUCAAGAAGCUGAUUAAACAGCAUGAUCAUUACACAGGUGCAGCUUGUGCUGGGGACAUUAAAAGGUCACUCUAAAAUGUGCAGUUUUGUCACAAAACACAAUGCCACAGAUGUCUCAAGUUUUGAGGGAGCGUGCAAUUGGCUUGCUGAUUGCAGGAAUAUCCACCAGAGCUCUUGCCAGAGAAUUGAAUGUUCAUUUCUCUACCAUAAGCCGCCUCCAACGUCGUUUUAGAGAAUUUGGCAGGACGUCCAACCGGCCUCACAACCGCAGACCACGUGUAACCACGCCAGCCCAGGACCUCAACAUCCAGGUUCUUCACCUCCGGAAUCGUCUGAGAUCAGCCACCCGGACAGCUGAUGAAACUGUGGGUUUGGACAACUGAAGAAAUUCUGCACAAACUGUCAGAAACCGUCUCAGGGAAGCUCAUCUGCGUGCUCGUCGUCCUCACCAGGGUCUUGACCUGACUGCAGUUCGGCGUCGUAACCGCCUUCAGUGGGACAAUGCUCACCUUCGAUGGCCACCAGCACGGCUGGAGAAGUGUGUUCUUCACGGAUGAAUCCCUGUUUCAACUGUACCGGGCAGAUGGUAGACAGCGUGUAUGACGUCGUGUGGGCGAGCGGUUUGCUGUUGUCAACAUUGUGAACAGUGUCCCCCAUGGUGGCGGUGGGGUUAUGGUAUGGGCAGCCAUAAGCUAUGGACAAUGAACACAAAUGCAUUUAUCGAUGGCAAUUUGAAUGCACUGAGAUACCAUGACGAGUUCCUGAGGCCCAUUGUCGUGCCAUUCAUCCGCCGCCAUCACCUCAUGUUUCAGCAUGAUAAUGCACGGCCCCAUGUCGCAUGGAUCUGAACACAAUUCCUGGAAGCUGAAAAUGUCCCAGUUCUUCCAUGGCCUGCAUACUCACCAGAUAUGCCACACAUUGAGCAUGUUUGGGAUGCUCUGGAUCAACGUGUACGACAGCGUACAAAAAAGAUUUGGCAUGGGUCCUCAGAUCCUCAAAAAGUUAUACAGCUGCACCAUCGAGAGCAUCCUGACUGGUUGCAUCGCCGCCUGGUAUGGCAACCGCUCGGCCUCCGACCGCAAGGCACUACAGAGGGUAGUGCGUGCGGCACAGUACAUCACUGGGGCCUGAGCUCCCUGCCAUCCAGGACCUCUAUACCAGGCGGUGUCCUCUACUCAUAGUCAUAGACUGGUCUGUCUGCUACCGCACGGCAAGCUGUACCGGAGCGCCAAGUCUAGGACCAAAAGGCUCCUUAACAGCUUCUACCCCCAAGCCAUCAGACUGCUGAACAGUUCAUCAAAUGGCCACCCAGACUAACAGCGUUGACCUCCAUUAUUUUAUUUAUAUCUAUUAUAUUAUAUAUUAUAUUAUUAGCUCAACAUACACACACACACACAACACACAAACAUGCAUAUUGACGCCACACACACAUUUACAUUCCUCCACUCUUCACCCGCUGCUACUCUCUGUUUAUUAUCUACCAUAGUCACUUUACCCCUACCUACAUGUACAGUGGGAGAGAACAAGUAUUUGAUACACUGCCAAUUUUGCAGGUUUUCCUACUUACAAAGCAUGUAGAGGUCUGUAAUAUUUAUAAUAUGUACACUUCAACUGUGAGAGAUGGAAUCUAAAACAAAAAUCCAGAAAAUCACAUUGUAUGAUUUUUAAGUAAUUAAUUUGCAUUUUAUUGCAUGACAUAAGUAUUUGAUACAUCAGAAAAACAGAACUUAAUAUUUGGUACAGAAACCUUUGUUUGCAAUUACAGAGAUCAUACGUUUCCUGUAGGUCUUGACCAGGUUUGCACACACUGCAGCAGGGAUUUUGGCCCACUCCUCCAUACAGACCUUCUCCAGAUCCUUCAGGUUUCGGGGCUGUUGCUGGGCAAUACGGACUUUCAGCUCCCUCCAAAGAUUUUCUAUUGGGUUCAGGUCUGGAGUCUGGCUAGGCCACUCCAGGACCUUGAGAUGCUUCUUACGGAGCCACUCCUUAGUUGCCCUGGCUGUGUGUUUCGGGUCGUUGUCAUGCUGGAAGACCCAGCCACGACCCAUCUUCAAUGCUCUCACUGAGGGAAGGAGGUUGUUGGCCAAGAUCUCGCGAUACAUGGCCCCAUCCAUCCUCCCCUCAAUACGGUGCAGUCGUCCUGUCCCCUUUGCAGAAAAGCAUCCCCAAAGAAUGAUGUUUCCACCUCCAUGCUUCACGGUUGGGAUGGUGUUCUUGGGGUUGUACUCAUCCUUCUUCUUCCUCCAAACACGGCGAGUGGAGUUUAGACCAAAAAGCUCUAUUGUUGUCUCAUCAGACCACAUGACCUUCUCCCAUUCCUCCUCUGGAUCAUCCAGAUGGUCAUUGGCAAACUUCAGACGGGCCUGGACAUGCGCUGGCUUGAGCAGGGGGACCUUGCGUGCGCUGCAGGAUUUUAAUCCAUGACGGCGUAGUGUGUUACUAAUGGGUUUUUUUUUUAGACUGUGGUCCCAGCUCUCUUCAGGUCAUUGACCAGGUCCUGCCGUGUAGUUCUGGGCUGAUCCCUCACCUUCCUCAUGAUCAUUGAUGCCCCACGAGGUGAGAUCUUGCAUGGAACCCCAGACCGAGGAUGAUUGACUGUCAUCUUGAACUUCUUCCAUUUUCUAAUAAUUGCGCCAACAGUUGUUGCCUUCUCACCAAGCUGCUUGCCUAUUGUCCUGUAGCCCAUCCCAGCCUUGUGCAGGUCUACAAUUGUAUCCCUGAUGUCCUUACACAGCUCUCUGGUCUUGGCCAUUGUGGAGAGGUUGGAGUCUGUUUAAUUGAGUGUGUGGACAGGUGUCUUUUAUGUAACGAGUUCAAACAGGUGCAGUUAAUACAGGUAAUGAGUGGAGAACAGGAGGGCUUCUUAAAGAAAAACUAACAGGUCUGUGAGAGCCGGAAUUCUUACUGGUUGGUAGGUGAUCAAAUGCUUAUGUCAUGCAAUAAAAUGCAAAUUAAUUACUUAAAAAUCAUACAAUGUGAUUUUCUGGAAUUUUUUUUCUGGAUGUUUUAGAUUCUGUCUCUCACAGUUGAAGUGUACCUAUGAUAAAAAUUACAGACCUCUACAUGCUUUGUAAGUAGGAAAAACCUGCAAAAUCGGCAGUGUAAUCAAAUACUUGUUCUCCCCACUGUACAUAUUACCUCGACUAACCCCUGUAUCCCCUGUACAUGGACUCGGUACCGCUACCCCCUGCACAUGGACUCGGUACCGGUACCCCCUGCACAUGGACUCGGUACCGGUACCCCCUGGUACCGACUCGUUACCGUACCGUACCCCCCUGACCCAUGCCGACUCGGGUACCGGCCCUCACCCUUUCCUCGGUACCGUUCCCCUGUAUCGGUACCGGUACCACCGUACAUGGGAAUCGGUACCGGUACCCCUGACAUGGCUCGGUACCGUAACCCCUUACAUGGAAUCAGCUCUUGGUACCGGUACCCCCGCACAUGGACUCUGGUACCGGGUACCCCCUGCACAUGGACCUCGUGGGUUACCGGUACCCCUGCACAUGGACUCGGGUAACUUGGUACCCCCUGCCAUGGAUCGUUACCGGUACCCCCUUGCAACAUUGGACCUCAGGUUACCGGUUACCCCCCUUGCCACAUGGCCUCAUUGUUAUUUUUGUUACUAUUUUUCCUUCAGUUUAUUUAGCAGAUUUUUCUGUUGGUUAAGGGCUUGUAAGUAAGCAUUUCACAGUAAGGUCUACACCUGUUGUAUUCGGCUAUUUUGAUUUGAAAAAUCCAUUGCAUUUCAACCCAGCUCUGACACACACACACAAUUUUAAAAUUUUAGUCAUUUAGCAGACGCUCUUAUCCAGUGUGACUUACUGGAACAAUUAGGGUUAAGUGCCUUGCUCAAGGGCACAUCGACAGAUUUCUCACAUAGUCGGCUCAGGGAUUCGAACCAGGGACCUUUCGGUUACUGGCCCAACGCUCUUAAGGGCAAGGCCCCCUGCCACACAUUAUUUACUGAAUGUGAAGGGGAAUCUGCCCGUGACGGUAAUGAUCAUUUAACUGCAGUGUUCUAGAAUGUUUUAAUUUUCCAAAGUACUUUCUAUCACAGUUUUUACAACCAUUCACAGCAGAGAUCUGUCCACUACCACUCUAACCCUCCUCCCUCCAGGCGUCGUCCCCUGCCCCUGCAGCCCCAGUGGGAAGCCCUGUCGGCAGCUCGGUCAGUCUAAUUCCGGAGGACGGCCUUCCUCCCAUCCUCACCUCCACCGGAGUUAAAGGAGGUACGGGAGGACACAGCACAGGUGCUUGACCUCACCCAUCCUCACCUCACUGUCCAUCAUGCUGUGUGUGUGUGUGUGGGUCUGCUUUCUUGUCCACUGUCCAUGUAGCAAGCUGGGAGGGGUGUGGGGCUGGGGGUACCUGUCCAUAGGGUGGGGUUGAAGCUGUGUUUUCCUCCCACCCCCCCCCCAGACUACGCGGUGGAGGAGCGUCCCUCUGAGAUCGUUCUGAUGCAGCAGCUGGAGGAAGGAGGUCCUGACCCGCUGGUCUUUGUGCUCAAUGCCAACCUGCUGGCCAUGGUCAAACUGGUCAACUGUGAGUUCACAUCUUCUCCACUCUCAUAGGUCUGAAUUAGUCCCUGAUUAGAAGGAGAAAAUAAACCUGAGUGUUUAGCCCUCCAGGACUGUUAUUGAAUAGCCCUGCUAUACACUAUACAUUAUCUAACCCCCUCUCCCCCUACGCUACAGUAUCUAACCCCCUCUGCCCCUACGCUACAGUAUCUAACCCCCUCUGCCCCUACGCUACAGUAUCUAAUCCCCUCUCCUCUCCCCCUACGCUACAGUAUCUAACCCCCUCUCCCCUUACGCUACAGUAUCUAACCCCCUCUCCCCCUACGCUACAGUAUCUAACCCCCCUCUCCCCCUACGCUACAGUAUCUAACCCCCUCUGCCCCUACGCUACAGUAUCUAACCCCCUCUGCCCCUACGCUACAGUAUCUAACCCCCUCUGCCCCUACGCUACACAGUAUCUAACCCCCUCUCCUCUCCCCCUACGCUACAGUAUCUAACCCCCUCUCCCCCUACGCUACAGUAUCUAACCCCCUCUCCUCUCCCCCUACGCUACAGUAUCUAACCCCCUCUCCUCUCCCCCUACGCUACAGUAUCUAACCCCCUCUCCCCUUACGCUACACAGUAUCUAACCCCUCUCCCCCUACGCUACAGUAUCUAACCCCCUCUCCUCUCCCCCUACGCUACAGUAUCUAACCCCCUCUCCCCCUACGCUAGACAGUAUCUAACCCCCUCUCCCCCUACGCUACAGUAUCUAACCCCCUCUGCCCCUACGCUACAGUAUCUAACCCCCCUCUCCCCCUACGCUACAGUAUCUAACCCCCUAUCCUCUCCCCCUACGCUACAGUAUCUAACCCCCUCUCCCCCUACCUACAGUAUCUAACCCCCCUCUCCCCUCCCCCUACACUACAGUAUCUAACCCCUUCUCCUCUCCCCCUACGCUACAGUAUCUAACCCCCUCUCCCCCUACGCUACACAGUAUCUAACCCCCUCUCCCCCCCUACGCUACAGUAUCUAACCCCCUCUGCCCCUACGCUACAGUAUCUAACCCCCUAUCCUCUCCCCCUACGCUACAUUAUCUAACCCCCUCUCCUCUCCCCCUGCGCUACAGUAUCUAACCCCCCCUCUCCUCUCCCCCUACGCUACAGUAUCUAACCCCCUCUCCUCUCCCCCUACGCUACAGUAUCUAACCCCCUCUCCCCCUACGCUACAGUAUCUAACCCCCUCUGCCCCUACGCUACAGUAUCUAACCCCCUCUGCCCCUACCUACAGUAUCUAACCCCCCUCUCCCCCUACGCUACAGUAUCUAACCCCCUCUCCCCCUACGCUACAGUAUCUAAUCCCUCUCCCUCUCCCCCUACGCUACAGUAUCUAACCCCCUCUCCCCCCUACGCUACAGUAUCUAACCCCUCUCCCCCCACGCUACAGUAUCUAACCCCCUCUGCCCCUACGCUACAGUAUCUAACCCCCUCUCCCCCUACGCUACAGUAUCUAACCCCCUCUCCCCCUACGCUACAGUAUCUAAUCCCCUCUCCUCUCCCCCUACGCUACAGUAAUCUAACCCCCUCUCCCCCUACGCUACAGUAUCUACCCCCUCUGCCCCACGCUACAGUAUCUAAAAUCCUAACCCCCCUCUCCUCUCCCCCUACGCUACAGUAUCUAACCCCCUCUGCCCCCUACGCUACAGUAUCUAACCCCCUCUCCCCCUACGCUACAGUAUCUAUCCCCUCUCCUCUCCCCCUACGCUACAGUAAUCUAACCCCCUCUCCUCUCCCCCUACGCUACCGUAUCUAACCCCCUCUGCCCCUACGCUACACAGUAUCUAACCCCCUCUCCUCCCCCCUACGCUACAGUAUCUAACCCCCCCUCUCCUCUCCCCCCUACGCUACAGUAUCUAACCCCCUCUGCCCUACGCUACACAGUAUCUAACCCCCCCUCUCCUCUCCCCCUACGCUACAGUAAUCUAACCCCCUCUCCUCUCCCGCUACGCUACAGUAUCUAACCCCCUCUCCUCUCCCCCUACGCUACAGUAUCUAACCCCCUCUCCCCUUACGCUACACAGUAUCUAACCCCCUCUCCCCCUACGCUACAGUAUCUAACCCCCUCUCCUCUCCCCCUACGCUACAGUAUCUAACCCCCUCUCCCCCUACGCUACACAGUAUCUAACCCCCUCUCCCCCUACGCUACAGUAUCUAACCCCCUCUGCCCCCUACGCUACAGUAUCUACCAACCCCUCUCCCCCUACGCUACAGUAUCUAACCCCCUAUCCUCUCCCCCUACGCUACAGUAUCUAACCCCCUCUCCCCCUACGCUACAGUAUCUAACCCCCUCUCCCCUCCCCCUACACUACAGUAUCUAACCCCCUCUCCUCUCCCCCCUACGCUACAGUAUCUAACCCCCUCUCCCCCUACGCUACACAGUAUCUAACCCCCUCUCCCCCUACGCUACACAGUAUCUAACCCCCCUCUCCCCCUACGCUACAGUAUCUAACCCCCUCUGCCCCUACGCUACAGUAUCUAACCCCCUAUCCUCUCCCCCUACGCUACAUUAUCUAAACCCCCUCUCCUCUCCCCCUGCGCUACAGUAUCUACCCCCUCUCCUCUCCCCCCUAACGCUACAGUAACCUAACCCCCUCUCCCCCUACGCUACAGUAUCUAACCCCCUCUCCCCCUACGCUACAGUAUCUAACCCCCUAUCCUCUCCCCCUACGCUACAGUAUCUAACCCCCUCUCCCCCUACGCUACAGUAUCUAACCCCCUCUCCUCUCCCCCUACGCUACAGUAUCUAACCCCCUCUCCCCCCUACGCUACACAGUAUCUAACCCCCUCUCCCCCCUACGCUACAGUAUCUAACCCCCUCUCCUCUCCCCCUACGCUACAGUAUCUAACCCCUCUCCUCUCCCCCCUGCGCUACAUUAUCUAACCCCCCUCUCCUCUCCCCCUACGCUACAGUAUCUAAAUCUCACCCCCAUCUCACCCCCCCUACGCUACAGUAUCUAACCCCCUCUCCCCCCUACGCUACAGUAUCUAACCCCCUCUCCCCCUACGCUACAGUAUCUAACCCCCUCUGCCCCUACGCUACAGUAUCUAACCCCCUCUCCUCUCCCCCUACGCUACAGUAAUCUAACCCCCUCUCCUCUCCCCCCUGCGCUACAUUAUCUAACCCCCUCUCCUCUCCCCCUACGCUACAGUAUCUAAAUCUCACCCCCUCUCCCCCUACGCUACAGUAUCUAACCCCCUCUCCCCUCCCCCUACGCUACACAGUAUCUAACCCCCUCUGCCCCUACGCUACAUUAUCUAACCCCCCCCUCCCCCUACGCUACAGUAUCUAACCCCCUCUCUCCCCUACGCUACAGUAUCUAACCCCCUCUGCCCCUACGCUACAGUAUCUAACCCCCUCUCCCCCCCUACGCUACAGUAUCUAACCCCCCUCUCCCCCUACGCUACACAGUAUCUAACCCCCUCUCCCCCUACGCUACAGUAUCUAACCCCCUACGCUACACAGUAUCUAAAUCUAACCCCCUCUCCCCCUACGCUACAGUAUCUAACCCCCUCUCCCCCUACGCUACAGUACCUAACCCCCUCUCCCCCUACGCUACAGUAUCUAACCCCCUCUCCCCCUACGCUACAGUAUCUAACCCCCCUCUCCCCCUACGCUACAGUAUCUAAACCCCCUCUCCCCCUACGCUACAGUAUCUAACCCCCUCUCCCCCUACGCUACAGUAUCUAACCCCCUACGCUACACAGUAUCUAAUCUAACCCCCCUCUCCCCCUACGCUAACACAGUAUCUAACCCCCCUCUCCCCCCUACUCUACAGUAUCUAACCCCCUCUCCCCCUACGCUACAGUAUCUAACCCCCUCUCCCCCUACGCUACAGUAUCUAACCCCCUCUCCCCCUACGCUACAGUAUCUAACCCCCUCUCCCCCUACGCUACAGUAUCUAACCCCCUCUCCCCCUACGCUACACAGUAUCUAACCCCCUCUCCCCCUACGCUACAGUAUCUAACCCCCUACGCUACACAGUAUCUAAAUCUAACCCCCUCUCCCCCUACGCUACAGUAUCUAACCCCCUCUCCUCUCCCCCUGCGCUACAGUAUCUAACCCCCUCUCCCCUACGCUACAUUAUCUAACCCCCUCUCCCCCUACGCUACAGUAUCUAACCACCCCUCUCCUCUCCCCCUACGCUACAGUAUCUAACCCCCCUCUCCCCCUACGCUACAGUACCUAACCCCCUCUCCCCCCUACGCUACAGUAUCUAACCCCCCCUCUCCCCCUACGCUAACAGUAUCUAACCCCCUCUCCCCCUACGCUACAGUAAUCUAACCCCCUCUCCUCUCCCCCUACGCUACACAGUAUCUAACCCCCUCUCCCCCUACGCUACAGUAUCUAACCCCCUCUCCCCCUACGCUACAGUAUCUAACCCCCUCUCCCCCUACGCUACAGCAUCUACCCCCCUCUCCUCUCCCCCUGCGCUACAGUAUCUAACCCCCCUCUCCCCCUACGCUACAGUAUCUAACCCCCUCUCCCCCUACGCUACAGUAUCUAACCCCCUCUCCCCCCUACGCUACAGUACCUAACAACCCCCUCUCCCCCUAAGCUACAGUACCUAACCCCCUCUCCUCUCCCCCUACGCUACAGUACCUAACCCCCCUCUCCCCCUACGCUACAGUAUCUAACCCCCUCUCCCCCUACGCUACAGUACCUAACCCCCCUCUCCCCCUACGCUACAGUACCUAACCCCCCUCCUCCCCCUACCUACAGUACCUAACCCCCUCUCCCCCUACGCUACAGUAUCUAACCCCCUCUCCCCCUACCCUACAGUAUCUAACCCCCUCUCCCCCUACCCUACAGUACCUAACCCCCUCUCCCCCUACGCUACAGUACCUAACCCCCUCUCCCCCUACGCUACAGUAAUCUAACCCCCUCUCCCCCCUACGCUACAGUAUCUAACCCCCUCUGCCCCUACGCUACAGUAUCUAACCCCCUCCUCCCCCCUACGCUACAGUAUCUAAACCCCCUCUCCCCCUACGCUACAGUAUCUAACCCCCUCUCCCCCUACGCUACAGUAUCUAACCCCCUCUCCCCCUACGCUACAGUAUCUAACCUGCUCUCCCCCUACGCUACAGUAUCUAACCCCCUCUCCCCCUAACGCUACAGUAUCUAACCCCCUCUCCCCCUACGCUACAGUAUCUAACCCCCUCUCCCCCUACGCUACACAGUAUCUAAACCCCCUCUCCCCCUAUGCUACAGUAUCUAACCCCCUCCUCCCCCUACGCUACAGUACCUAACCCCCCCUCUCCCCCUACGCUACAGUAUCUAACCCCCUCUCCCCCUACGCUACAGUAUCUAACCCCCGCUCCUCCCCCUGCGCUACAGUAUCUAACCCCCUCUCCUCUCCCCCCUACGCUACAGUAUCUAACCCCCUCUCCCCCUACGCUACAGCAUCUAACACCCCUCUCCUCUCCCCCUGCGGUACAGUAUCUAACCCCCUCUCCCCCUACGCUACAGUAUCUAACCCCCUCUCCCCCUACGCUACAGUAUCUAACCCCCUCUCCCCCUACGCUACAGUAUCUAACCUCCCUCUCCCCCUACGCUACAGUAUCUAACCCCCUCUCUCCCCCUACGCUACAGUACCUAAAACCCCCUCUCCUCUCCCCCUACGCUACAGUAUCCUAAAACCACCCCUCUCCCCCUACCCAGUAUCUAACCCCCGCCCCCCCUCACGCUACAGUAAUCUAACCCCCUCUCCCCCUACCUACGUAUCUAACCCCCUCUCCCCUCCCCCUACGCUACAGUAUCUAACCCCCUCUCCCCCUACGCUACAGUAUCUAACCCCCUCUCCCCCUACGCUACAGUAUCUAACCCCCUCUCCCCCUACGCUACAGUAUCUAACCCCCUCUCCCCCUACGCUACAGUAUCUAACCCCCUCUCCCCCUACGCUACAGUAUCUAACCCCCUCUCCCCCUACGCUACAGUAUCUAACCCCCUCUCCCCCUACGCUACAGUAUCUAACCCCCUCUCCCCCUACGCUACAGUAUCUAACCCCCUCUGCCCCUACGCUACAGUAUCUAACCCCCUCUCCCCCCUACGCUACAGUAUCUAACCCCCUCUCCCCCUACGCUACAGUAUCUAAUCCCCUCUCCUCUCCCCCUACGCUACAGUAUCUAACCCCCUCUCCCCCUACGCUACAGUAUCUAACCCCCUCUCCCCCCUACGCUACAGUAUCUAACCCCCUCUGCCCCUACGCUACAGUAUCUAACCCCCUCUCCCCCUACGCUACAGUAUCUAACCCCCUCUCCCCCUACGCUACAGUAUCUAAUCCCCUCUCCUCUCCCCCUACGCUACAGUAUCUAACCCCCUCUCCCCCUACGCUACAGUAUCUAACCCCCUCUGCCCCUACGCUACAGUAUCUAACCCCCUCUCCUCUCCCCCUACGCUACAGUAUCUAACCCCCUCUGCCCCUACGCUACAGUAUCUAACCCCCUCUGUCCCUACGCUACAGUAUCUAACCCCCCUCUCCUCUCCCCCUACGCUACAGUAUCUAACCCCCUCUGCCCCUACGCUACACAGUAUCUAACCCCCUCUCCUCUCCCCCUACGCUACAGUAUCUAACCCCCUCUCCUCUCCCCCUACGCUACAGUAUCUAACCCCCUCUGCCCCUACGCUACACAGUAUCUAACCCCCUCUCCUCUCCCCCUACGCUACAGUAUCUAACCCCCUCUCCCCCUACGCUACAGUAUCUAACCCCCCUCUGCCCCUACGCUACAGUAUCUAACCCCCUCUCCUCUCCCCCUACGCUACAGUAUCUAACCCCCUCUGCCCCUACGCUACAGUAUCUAACCCCCUCUCCCCCUACGCUACAGAAUCUAACCCCCACUCUGGUGUCCCUUCUCCCCUUGUAGACGUAAACAGGAAGUGUUGGUAUGUGACCAGUAAGGGGAUGCAUGCAGUGGGCCAGGCUGAGGUGGUUGUGCUGCUGCAGUGUCUGCCUGACGAGAAGAGCAUCCCCAAAGACCUCUUCAGCCACUUCGUACAGCUCUACCAGGAGGCCCUCACAGGUUAGUAUAAUAUACCUCCAUCAGGAGGCCCUCACAGGUUAGUAUAAUAUACCUCCAUCAGGAGGCCCUCACAGGUUAGUAUAAUAUACCUCCAUCAGGAGGCCCUCACAGGUUAGUAUAAUAUACCUCCACCAGUAGGCCUUCACAGGUUAGUAUAAUAUACCUCCACCAGGAGGCCUUCACAGGUUAGUAUAAUAUACCUCCACCAGGAGGCCUUCACAGGUUAGUAUAAUAUACCUCCACCAGGAGGCCUUCACAGGUUAGUAAAAUAUACCUCCAUCAGGAGGCCCUCACAGGUUAGUAUAAUAUACCUCCAUCAGGAGGCCCUCACAGGGAUAAUAAGAUCAGUAUGCUACCUCAACCAGGAAGCCUACUUAGAUGAUAUUAUACAGCAUUGCCAGGAGGCACUCAUGGGGAAAUGUAGGUGUUAGAGGUCUAGAGGUGAGUUGAUCAAUCCCAGCCAGGUUACCUUCACAGAAACAAGGCUACUGCCUGGAAACAAGGCUACUGCCUGGAAACAAGGCUACUGCCUCUAAGCCACUGAAUGGUGUGGCUCGACCUCGUCAGGAAAUACAGUCAAAACAUUUAGUGUCCUGUUGUAAGGCUGUAGUGUCCCACUACGGUUCUCUGUAUGCGUCCAAAAUGGCACCCUAUUCCCUAUAUAGUGCACUACUUUUGACCAGAGCCCCUUUGGGACGUGGACAAAACAAGUGCACUACGUAGGGAAUAGGGUGCCAUUUUGGACACGACCUCUGUCUCACCACUCCACGACCUCUGUCUCACCACUCCACGACCUCUGUCUCACCACUCCACGACCUCUGUCUCACCACUCCACGACCUCUGUCUCACCACUCCACGACCUCUGUCUCACCACUCCACGACCUCUGUCUCACCACUCCACGACCUCUGUCUCACCACACAACCUCUGUCUCACCACUCCACGACCUCUGUCUCACCACUCCACGACCUCUGUCUCACCACUCCACGACCUCUGUCUCACCACUCCACGACCUCUGUCUCACCACUCCACCUUACGCUGCGGUUAAAAAAAUAUAUUGUUUGACGUUGAUGUGUCUGUGCCUCAGGCUGUGGCUGGUUUAGAUAUUCACAGCAACACCAGGGAAACUCAACAGGCUGGGGAAUGACAGACAUAUUGUCUGUGUCUCUGCAACACCAGGGAAACUCAACAGGCUGGGGAAUGACAGACAUAUUGUCUGUGUCUCUGCAACACCAGGGAAACUCAACAGGCUGGGGAAUGACAGACAUAUUGUCUGUGUCUCUGCUGGUUUAGUCAGUCAGUCAGUACGGUGAUGGAGCAAAAUGCUACAUCGUCAUCCUUAGCAGUUCUAGUGUUGUGUAUUAUCUAAAUCGGGCCUGCCCAACCUUCUUCCUAGAGAGAUACACCAUCUUGUAGGUUUUAACUCCAACCCUGUUCCUGGAUAGAUACCAUCCUGUACAGUGCCUUCAGAAACUAUUCAUACCCCUUGACUUAUUCUACAUUCUGUUUUGUUCCAGCCUGAAUUCAAAAUGGAUUAAAUAGAUGUGUUUCUCACCCAUCUACACACAAUGCCCCAUAAUGACACAUUGAAAACAAGGGAAAACAUUUAUUGAAAAUUAAAUACAGAAAUGUCUUAAGUAUUCACACCCCUGAGUCAAUACUUUGAAGAAUCACCUUUGGCAGCGAUUACAGCUGUGAGUCUUUCUGGGUAAGUCUCUAAGAGUUUUCCGCACCUGGAUUCUGCAACAUUUGCCCAUUUAUUAUUUUCAAAUUUCUGCAAGCUCUGUCAAAUUGGUUGUUGAUCAUUCCUAGACAGCCAUGUUCAGGUCUUGCCAUAGAUUUUCAAGCAGAUUUAAGUCAAAACUGUAACUCGGGUCACUCCAUUGUAUAUUUGGCCUUGUGUUUUAGGAUAUUGUCCUGCUGAAAGGUGAAUUAAUAUCCCAGUGUCUGUUGGAAAGCAGACUGAACCAGGUAUUUUCUUCUAGGAUUUUGCCUGUGCGUAGCUCCAUUCCGUUUAUUUUUUAUCCCAAAAAAAUCUCCAGUCCUUAACAAUUACAAGCAUACCCAUAACAUGAUGCAGCCACAACUAUGCUUGAAAAUAUGGAGAGUGGUACUCGGUAAUGUAUUGGAUUGGAUUUUCCUCAAACAUAAAGCUUUGUAUUCAGGACAAAAAGUUAAUUGCUUUGACACAUUUUUUUUGCAGUUUUACUUUAGUUUUGUUGCAAACAGGAUGCAUGUUUUGGAAUAUUUUUAUUCUGUACAGGCUUCCUUCUUUUCACUCUGUCAUUUAGGUUAGUAUUGUGGAGUAACUACAGUGUUGUUGAUCCAUCCUCAGUUUUCUCCUAUCACAGACAUUAAUCUCUUUAACUGUUUUAAAGUCACCAUUGGCCUCAUGGUGAAAUCCCUGAGCGGUUUCCUUCCAUUCCGGCAACUGAGUUAGGAAGGACGCCUGUAUCUUUGUAGUGACUGGGUGUAUUGAUCCACCAUCCAACGUGUAAUUAAUAACUUCACCAUGCUCAAAGGGAUAUUCAAUGUCUGCCUUUUUAUUUUUACCCAUCUACCAAUAGGUGCCCUUCUUUGCGAGGCAUUGGAAAACCUCCCUGCUCUUUGUGAUUGAAUCUGUGUUUGAAAUUCACUGCUCGACUGAGGGACCUUACAGAUAAUUGUAUGUGUAGGGUACAGAGAUGAGGUAGUCAUUCAAAAAUCAUGUUAAACACUAUUAUUGCACACAGAGUGAGUCCAUGCAUCUUAUUGUGUCACUUGUUAAGCGCAUUUUUACUCCUGAACUUAUUUAGGCUUGCCAUAACAAAGGGGUUGAAUACUAAUUGACUCAAAACAUUUCAGCUUUUAAUUUGUAAAAAAUGUCAAACAUCAUUUCACUUUGACAUUGUGGGGUAUUGUGUGUAGGCCAGUGACGACAAAAUCUAAAUUUAAUCACAUUUUAAAUUUAGGCUGUAACAACAAAAUGGGGAAACGGUCAAGGGGUGUGAAAUACUUUCUGAAGGCACUGUAGUUUUUAACUUUUGCCUUAUUCCUGGAAAAAUACCAUCCUGUAGGUUUUAACUCCAGCCCUCUUCCCGGAGAUCUAUCUAGCUAGUUUGCCUAAUAUUAUUUAGCAGGGAUCUUACAGUAGCUAGUCAGUUGGAGUUGAAACGUUAUUGAAAGCAAGCUGGUAACAUGCAUCAAACAUGUCGUCAGGUUUACUUGAUUAUGAGCUAGCUAGCUAACGUUAGCUAAUGUAGCACAUGGGAAUGUGUGAAACUUCCUCCUCAGCCUGAAGUGUCAUCUGACCAUAGCACUGGGACCAUAGCACUGGGACCAUAGCACUGGGACCAUAGCACUGGGACCAUAGCACUGGGACCAUAGCACUGGUUCCAAUCCAAGUGCCAAUACCGUUUAGGGAACUCCAGGUGUUUUUUAAUUUGUUGGAUGACCUGAAAACAGAGCUCUUUCGCACUUGGAUUGGAACCGGUGCUUUGGUCAGAUGACCUGAAAACAGAGCUUUUUGGGCCAUGCACACCAGUGGUGGGUUUGGCGUCUAAAGAAAGAUGCAUAUUCGGAAAAGAACCCCAUCCCUUCUGUAAAAUAUGACGGUGGAUCUUUGAUGUUAUGGACUGUUUUUCUCCUACUGGUCCUGGGGCCUUGUUAAGGUCAACGGCAACAUGAGCUUUACCCAGUACCGGGACUUUAUAACCAAAAACCUCGUCGCCUCUGCCAGCAGGCUGAAACUUGGCUGCAAGUGACUCUUCCAGCAAGACGAUAGUCCCAAGCACACGUCAAAAUCCACAAAGAAAUUGUUAAUUGACCACAAAAUCAACAUUUUGCAAUGGCCACCUCAGUCUCCGGACUUGAAACCCAUUGAAAACCUGUGGUUUGAAUUAAGAGGGCAGUCCAUAAGCGCAGACGAAGGAUAUCAAGCAUCUGGAAAGAUUCUGCAUGGAGGAAUGGUCAAAGAUCCCUCCCAAUGUGUUCUCCCAGCUCAUAAAACAUUUUAGAAAAAGGCUCAGUGCAGUUAUUCUUUUGGGGUGAGGUAUUGAAAACGGGUGACAAUAAUUUACAGUGAACAUCUUAGGGAGGGGACUAGGCAUGCAACACUCAGUUCACUCCUUAAUUGCUAAAUAAAAGGUGUUUUAAAAUUCAAACACUUCUCUCCCCUCCCCUCUCUAGGUAACGUUCUGACACACCUGGGCCACUCGUUCCCCUCUCCCCUCCUCUUCCUCUCCCCUCCUCUUCCUCUCUCCUCCUCUUCUCUCCUCAUCACCUCUCCUCUUCCUCUCCUCCUCCCUCCAGGUAACAUUCUUCUCUCCUCCUCUCUCCAGGUAAGGUCCUGACCCACCUGGGCCACUCGUUCUUCACCCAGAGUUUCCUGGGCAGCAGGGAGCAUGGAGGGUUCCUCUACGUCUCCCCGUCCUUCCAGGCCCUCCAGGACCUGAUGCUCCCCAACCCCCCCUACCUGUUUGGGGUGUUGCUGCAGAAGUGGGAGACCCCCUGGGCCAAGGCGUUCCCCAUCAGGCUCAUGCUGCGACUGGGCGCCGAGUACAGAUGUGAGUACGAAGGGAUCGCGUUGUUGUUUUGGGUUAUGUUUUUGGCUUGUUAGAACAGAAAUUGUAAUUACAUCAAUCAGUGGUUUUAAUAAUAAUAAUAAUAAUAUACCAUUUAGCAGACGCUUUUAUCCAAAGCGACUUAGUCAUGUGUGCAUACAUUUUUACGUAUGGGUGGUCCCGGGGAUCGAACCCACUACCCUGGCGUUACAGAGGACGUGUUUAACACAGGGUUAUGUUUAGCAAUACUCUACCAGCUGAGAUACAGAGGACGUGUUUAACACAGGGUUAUGUUUAGCAAUACUCUACCAGCUGAGCUACAGAGGACGUGUUUAACACAGGGUUAUGUUUAGCAAUACUCUACCAGCUGAGCUACAGAGGACGUGUUUAACACAGGGUUAUGUUUAGCAAUACUCUACCAGCUGAGCUACAGAGGACGUGUUUAACACAGGGUGAUGUUUAGCAAUACUCUACCAGCUGAGCUACAGAGGACGUGUUUAACACAGGGUUAUGUUUAGCAAUACUCUACCAGCUGAGCUACAGAGGACGUGUUUAACACAGGGUUAUGUUUAGCAAUACUCUACCAGCUGAGCUACAGAGGACGUGUUUAACACAGGGUUAUGUUUAGCAAUACUCUACCAGCUGAGCUACAGAGGCAAUACUCUACCAGCUGAGCUACAGAGGACGUGUUUAACACAGGGUUAUGUUUAGCAAUACUCUACCAGCUGAGCUACAGAGGACGUGUUUAACACAGGGUUAUGUUUAGCAAUACUCUACCAGCUGAGCUACAGAGGACGUGUUUAACACAGGGUUAUGUUUAGCAAUACUCUACCAGCUGAGCUACAGAGGACGUGUUUUAACACAGGGUUAUGUUUAGCAAUACUCUACCAGCUGAGCUACAGAGGACGUGUUUAACACAGGGUUAUGUUUAGCAAUACUCUACCAGCUGAGCUACAGAGGACGUGUUUAACACAGGGUUAUGUUUAGCAAUACUCUACCAGCUGAGCUACAGAGGACGUGUUUAACACAGGGUUAUGUUUAGCAAUACUCUACCAGCUGAGAUACAGAGGACGUGUUUAACACAGGGUUAUGUUUAGCAAUACUCUACCAGCUGAGAUACAGAGGACGUGUUUAACACAGGGUUAUGUUUAGCAAUACUCUACCAGCUGAGAUACAGAGGACGUGUUUAACACAGGGUUAUGUUUAGCAAUACUCUACCAGCUGAGCUACAGAGGACGUGUUUAACACAGGGUUAUGUUUUCAUCUGAUAUGUUUCAGUCUACCCUUGCCCUCUGUUCAGUGUGAGGUUCAGAAAACCCCUCUUUGGAGAGACCGGCCACACCAUCAUGAACCUGCUAGCGGUAACAACUGGUCUUUUCUGCCUCUGAGUCUUUGAAUGAUUUUAGUAUUUUUUGUUUACUUUCUGAUUUUAUAUAUUUUUCUUUUGUUUCUUGUCUUUUUGCCUCUGAAUGUUUCCAUGUCUUGUGUUGACGUGCAGGACUUCCGUAAUUACCAGGACACGUUGCCCAUGGUGAAGGGCCCUUCUAAUAUAAUGUAAUGUACCUGCAGGACUUCCGUAAUUACCAGGACACGUUGCCCAUGGUGAAGGGCCCUUCUAAUAUAAUGUAAUGUACCUGCAGGACUUCCGUAAUUACCAGGACACGUUGCCAUGGUGUGAAGGGCCCUUCUAAUAUAAUGUAAUGUACCUGCAGGACUUCCGUAAUUACCAGGACACGUUGCCCAUGGUGAAGGGCCCUUCUAAUAUAAUGUAAUGUACCUGCAGGACUUCCGUAAUUACCAGGACACGUUGCCCAUGGUGAAGGGCCCUUCUAAUAUAAUGUAAUGUACCUGCAGGACUUCCGUAAUUACCAGGACACGUUGCCCAUGGUGAAGGGCCCUUCUAAUAUAAUGUAAUGUACCUGCAGGACUUCCGUAAUUACCAGGACACGUUGCCCAUGGUGAAGGGCCCUUCUAAUAUAAUGUAAUGUACCUGCAGGACUUCCGUAAUUACCAGGACACGUUGCCCAUGGUGAAGGGCCCUUCUAAUAUAAUGUAAUGUACCUGCAGGACUUCCGUAAUUACCAGGACACGUUGCCCAUGGUGAAGGGCCCUUCUAAUAUAAUGUAAUGUACCUGCAGGACUUCCGUAAUUACCAGUACACGUUGCCCAUGGUGAAGGGCCCUUCUAAUAUAAUGUAAUGUACCUGCAGGACUUCCGUAACUACCAGUACACGUUGCCCAUGGUGAAGGGCCUGGUGGUGGACAUGGAGGUGAAGAAGACCUGCAUCAAGAUCCCCAGCAACCGAUACAAUGAGGUGAGGCUCUCAACCAAUCAUAUUACUUCGCAGUGGGGCUCAGCCAAUCAGAUUCCUCCUCAGGGGGAGCUCAACCAAUCACCCCCCCCCCCCCCCCCCCCCCCUCACCCCCCCCCCCCCCCCCCCCCCCCCUUUGCA